GCGGAGGAUAAAAUGUUGCUAAGCGAUGCUUGAGGAGGCUUUGGUGCAAAAACCUCGAAGACUCAAAGGCGCGCACACUGAAGAAAAAGGCGAGAACUUUGAGUCACGCCGAGGCACACCUGAACUCUCCACCUCACGCAGAACUUUGAAGGCGGAUUUUAUACUAGCUGCUGCUAAAGUUCUGGUUUCACGCAGCCGGGGUUUCAUUCAGGGGGCUGCACUUCAAUCCAUUUAAGUUCAAACAAUCCAAUGCCGAGGAGGGAACCUCCACCCUAACACCACACAUCCAUUCCACUCUGCAUUUUUUUUGGCGGGGGGGUGCACAUCAGCACUGAAAAAAAAAUGAAACUCUCAUCACCAAAUCGACCAAAGGGCGUGUCCCUGCUGCUUCUACUGCUGUUAGCCGUUGCCCAGAGGGCUGUUUCCAUGGCGAUGCAUCUCAACUCCACGGGGUGGCAGCAGAUUCUGGACAAGUACCUGGAUGAGGAUGGUGACUGGUGGGAGGCCAAGCAGAGGGGGAGGAGGGCCAUCACUGACAGUGAUGCCCAGCUUAUACUGGAACUGCACAACAAGCUCCGCGGUCAGGUGUACCCGCAAGCGUCCAACAUGGAGUACAUGGAAUGGGACACCGAGUUGGAGCGCACGGCAGAAGAGUGGGCCGAGACCUGUCUGUGGGAACACGGUCCAUCGGGCUUGCUGCCACAAAUUGGACAGAAUCUGGGAGCACACUGGGGGAGGUAUCGGCCCCCCACCUCCCAUGUUCAGGCCUGGUAUGAUGAAGUGAAAGACUUCUCUUUUCCUUAUCCCCACGAGUGUAACCCCUACUGCCCGUUCCGAUGCUCCGGCGCCGUUUGCACGCAUUAUACCCAGCUGGUGUGGGCCACCAGCAAUCGGAUUGGGUGCGCUGUCAACCUGUGCUACAACAUGAACGUGUGGGGGCAGAUUUGGGCCAAGGCUGUGUACCUGGUGUGCAACUAUUCACCAAAGGGGAACUGGUGGGGCCAUGCACCUUACAAACAUGGGGCCCCCUGUUCCGCAUGUCCUCCUAGUUAUGGAGGGGGCUGCAAGGACAACCUCUGCUAUAAGGGCCACAAUACGCACCAUCCUCCACAGGAAACAGAAGAAAACAACUUUAUCGAGCCCGAGGCCCCCCGUACUACGCAGAGGAUCUGGCCCCGGGUUUCAAAGCCCGAGACUCCCAGUCAUCCUGCUCCUGCCCCCGACUCCCCCCCAGUGGACCUGCCAAAGAAUGAAGUAGUCAACACACAGCAGAUGUCUCAGCUUGUGACCUGUGACACCAAGCUUCGAGAUCAGUGCAAAGGAACACCAUGUAAUAGAUAUGAAUGCCCUGCAGGGUGUUUAGAUGCUACGGGAAAAGUAGUGGGGACAGUUUACUACGAAAUGCAAUCCAGCAUAUGCCGGGCCGGUCUACACGCCGGUGUCAUAGAUAAUGAUGGAGGAUGGAUGGAUGUAAUGAGACAGGGAAGAAAGGACUUUUUUAUCAAGUCCAGCAAGAAUGGUAUCCAGUCACUGGGGAAAUACCAGAGUGCGAAUUCAUUCAUAGUCUCCAGGGUAGCAGUCAAAGCAAUCACCUGUGAGACCACAGUGGCACAACUGUGUCCAUACCAAAGGCCUGCAAAGCAUUGCCCGAGGUUGUACUGCCCGAGGAACUGUUUAGAAGAGAACCCAAACAUAUCACGAGUAAUCGGCACCAGAAUAUACUCUGAUAAAUCCAGCAUUUGCCGCGCGGCGGUUCACGCAGGGGUCAUCAGGAACAACGCCGGCGGUUACAUCGAUGUAAUGCCGGCAGAGGAGCGAAAACUCUACACUGCCUCUAGCCAAAACGGCAUCGUCUCGGAAAGUCUUCAGAAUCCUCCUGGCGGAAAGGCGUUUCGGGUGUUCGCCGUGAUUUGAAUGACGCCCUCUGGCACGCUUGGAAAAAGACGAACGGAGUGAAUGGGCGCCGAUCGAAGCCUGCUUGUCAAAGUCAACGGCUGAAAUGUUUCUUGCCUCUGCCACACUGGCGGGGGUCUGCGGUUGUCUCCAUGACAGCGUAAACAAACGCUUGACACAUACAUGAGGAGAAUCUGUGUGCACACACCCGCCGCAGAAUUUGGUCAGUCGUUGUGGGAAAUUAUUAUCAACUGUAAAUAUAUGGACGUAUGAAUGGAGUGUGUGUGUGUGUGUAUAUAUAUAUAUAUAUAUAUAUAUAUAUAUUUUUUUUUUUUUUUUUUAAUUGCGUGUGCUUUUUCAAACAGAUAUUGAAUGAUUUUAUUUUAUAUUGCAUAGUAACAAAUCAAAUAUAUGAUCAAAUAUUUAAUAAUUAAUAAAAAGAUAUGUCAUUAUAGUGGCGUUUAUAUACUUUUACCUGUCUGGCACAUUUUUACUGGUGCUUUUUUUUUAAAAGGGUUGUGUGAUAUUUUUGUUUUUAAACGUAUGGGAAUGAAAUCUUAAUUUGUUGAUGUUUUUUUAUGACCACGUUAUGGAUGUGUCACUAAGGUUUAUAAAGAAUGCUGCUAUAUAAUUAUAUAAUUGAAAAUUUCCAGCGCUUUUCCUGCUGGCAGGAAGUACAUCAAUAUUUUUCUGUUUACUCAAAAUCUACACAUUUCAUGUUAUUUUAUUUGAGUAUUUAAUCCCCGCCCAUACAAAAAGCUGUUUUACUGUUACAGUAUAUCGGUAUUAUAUUGAUUAUAUAGCAAUUAUUGCAUAUUGUGCAUUACUCAUACACAUACUGUACAUAUUUUCAUCACAAUUCAUUUUACUUGUAUUUCCUACGCAGAAUAUUUUCCUACCUCAGGUUAUU